UGAAUCAGUGGCAAGGGGAGAAAUUGUCUACCACUGCGACGCGAGAAGUCGCCGUGCGCAGACGGAUAUAGUCGUUGCCGCCGGUCUUGUCUGGUCCGCCGCCGGUUGCAACUGUUAUUGCGAUAAAGCAGCCAGCUGUGACCGAAACCAGCAAGCCAUAAAUGAUGGAUCUCCACGAAGCGGCAAGACUCGAGCUCGGCGAAACACCAGAAAUCAAAGCGGAAUCUCUUGGACGUUUGUGUGAACUGAUAAGAGAGACGCCAUCACUGGACGUUCCCAACGAUGAAAAACUCCUGGUCAUGUUUCUUCGAGUCAAAAAAUACAGAGUUGAAGAAGCCUUCAAGCUGUUUCAGAACUACGUCCGCGUCCGUCGAGACGUACCGGACUUUUUCAGAGACCUUACGCCAGCAAACGUACCACUCAGGAAAAUUUGCCACGAGAACUAUCUGGUGAUGACCUCUGCGGACGGCGACGCACUUGGAAGAGGUGUUGCCCUCCUGAAGUUAGGUGCCUGGAAUUCUACCAUGUGUUCGUUCACUGAUUUAAUUAGAGGCGCGAUGAUUUUGGCCAGCAGCUGUUUUUACGAAGACAUCUCACAAAUUUAUGGAGUAGCGUGCAUUGUGGACUUGGAGGGACUUGGUUUUCAUCAUUUCAAGCAACUAACUCCAUCGUUGCUGAUUAAGCUGGCUCACAUCACGCAGGACUGUGCACCGAUACGAUUGAAGGCUUUGUACAUAAUCAACUACCCAUCUCCGUUCAAGGCCUUGUUUGAAGUCGUGAAACCUUUUAUAAAGCACAAGCUAUUAACAAGGAUUCACUUCGUUGGGGAAGACGUCUCUAAGCUUUGGGAGAUCUGUCCCCGUGAAAUGGUACCAGCAGAAUUUGGUGGCACGCGAGAGGAUUUCGACUACGACCGCCAAGAGGAGUCCGUACGCCGACUGACUGAUUUGUUCGAAGACUUGUGUCGUUUUGACUGCCCAGCGCAGUGAGCAAUAUGUUAAGUCUAGAAGUUAGUUUCCCAUCGAGGAGAAGCAGCGUUUAUAAUUCUUUUGGUGCAUCAUGAUGACUAUGCUGUGUCAAUGCAAAACGAGUCAGCUCCAAUAAUGUCAAUGCGCAUACAGCGAGCCCUUUGUGGAACGCCUUCAACUAUGGAGUCUUUACCUCCGCGUUGCCAUUAAAGAGGAAAUAACGUCUCACCGGUCACGCUUUGUUUCAAAUACACUAUUUUUCUCUGA